UGUGCUGAACGUGCUGCCCGCCAAGGCCCAGCAACAAGGUGCCCUUGCUCGGGGACUUCUCUCCGGAGGGGAUGAUGGCCAGCGACGGCGGGGACGAUGCCGCCGAGCUGGAGGCGGAGCUGCUGGCUCUCGUGGGAGGCCAGCCGGAUCCCAAGGGAAAACCCAAGGGGAAAACGGCCUUGCCCAUGGAAGCCAUCGAGAGGAUGGCUGCUCUCUGCAUGAAGGACCUGGAUGAGGAGGAGGGAGACGACGAGGAAAACCUGGAGGACGAAGAGGACCUCAUGGCAGAGCUGCAGGAGGUGCUUGGCGAAGGGGAGGAAGGUGCCGACGUCCCCGCGCCGGCUGCCAAGGCGGGCGAGGCGCCGCCGGAGCGCGGCGGCCUGGAGGCCACGCUGGCCGAGAGGGCGGCCAUGUACCGGGCGGCCGCGGACAGCGCCAGGGAGGCCGGCGACGGCGCGCGGCUGCGCCGCUACGAGCGCGGCCUCAAGACGCUGGAGAACAUGCUGAGCUCGGCCAGGAAGGGGAAGCACGUCGAGGAGCAGGACAUCCCGCCGCCCGUGGCCCUGGGCCGGAGCCCCGCGCCGGGCGCGCGCCCCGUUCUCCCCAAACCGCCCCCCGUUCUCCCCAAACCGCCCCCCGUUCUCCCCAAACCGCCCGCCGUUCUCCCCAAACCGCCCGCCGUUCUCCCCAAACCGCCCGCCGUUCUCCCCAAACCGCCCGCCGUUCUCCCCAAACCGCCGCUCCCGGCUUCGCCCGGCGCCUCCCCACAGGAAAACGCAGCUUCUCCCCCCGCGACUCCUCGUCCAGCUCCCGGCCCGGCGGCGCUCCUGCAGAGCCGGCAGCGGGAAUACAAGCUGGCCGCGCUGCACGCCAAGCAGCGGGGGGACGUGGAGGUGGCCGUGAGAUGUUUCCGCCUCGCCAAGAGCUUGGACGCGCUGCUGGAAGCGGCGGGGAAGGGCCAGCCGGUGGAUCCCAGCAGCAUUCCCCCUUCUCCCGACCAGCUUCCCAAGGAGCUGCCAUCUCCCGGCCAGCAGCAUCCCGCGGCUCCAGCGGCCGCUCCCGAAGCCCCGCUGGCCUCUCCGGCGCCGGCCGUUCCCGCCGCGCCUCGGGAYGCGCUGGAAGCGCUGCAGCAGCGCAUGGAGAGGUACAGAGCGGCGGCCGCGCAGGCCAGGGCCAGAGGGGACGACCGCAAAGGCCGCRUGCACGAGCGCAUCGUGAAGGUGAGGGCGGCGCGCGCGGCGGGCACGCGUGCCACGAGCGCGCCCGGCCUCAGCGCUGCCUGCCUCCCGCAGCAAUACCAAGACGCCAUCCGGGCCCACAAAGCGGGAAAGCCGGUGGACUUCUCGGAGCUCCCCGUCCCGCCAGGCUUCCAGCCCAUCCAGGGCGUGGAGGCGCCGGCGGGAGACCAGAGCAUCGCGGGCGUCUUGGAGAGCGCCAUGAAACUGGCCAGCCAGGAGGUGCAGGAGCCCGACGAGGAGGAUGAGGAGGCGAAGAAGCCCCUUCCCCGUCCCGCUGCGCCGAGAGCGGCCGCCCCGUCUCAGCCCAAAGAGCCGCCGCCGCCGCGGGCGUCUGCCACGGGCGCCCCCCCGGGCAACCCCAAAGCGGCUCCCAAGGCCACCACGAAAGCCCAGCAGCAGCUGGCCUUCCUGGAAGGCCGGAGGAAGCAGCUGAUGCAGGCGGCGCUGCGGGCCAAGCAGAAGAACGACAUCGAGGGCGCCAAGCUCUUCCUGCGGCAGGCCAAGGGCCUCGAGCCCAUGAUCGAGGCGGCGCGCGGCGGCCUUCCCGUGGACAUAACCAAGGUGCCCGAGGCGCCGGUGAACAAGGAGGACUUCGUGCUGGUGCAGCGCCGCGGCGUGAGCAUCUCCCCGGAGGCCGCCAGCCAGUACAUGGAGCUCAUGAGGCUGCUCCGGCAGCAGCACGAGAUGUGCGUGACCUACUCCAAGCAAUUCACCCACCUGGGCAACAUCGCGGAGACGACCAAGUUCGAGCGGCUGGCCGAGGACUGCAAGGAGAACAUGGAGCUGCUGAAGCAGGCGCACGCCCGGGGCUUCCCGCUGCCCCGCUACCACUACGAGCAGAGGACCUUCACCAUCGUCAGGAUCUUCCCCGAGCUCAACAGCAACGACAUGGUCCUGUCUGUAGUGAAGGGCAUCAACCUGCCGGCGCCGCCGGGUGUGGCUCCCAACGACCUGGACGCCUUCGUGCGCUUCGAGUUCCCCUAUCCCAACGCGGAGGAAGCUCAGAAGGACAAGACCAACGUGAUCAAAAACACCGACUGUCCCGAGUUCAACGAGCAGUUCAAGCUCUACAUCAACCGCGGGCACCGGGGCCUCAAGCGCGUCCUCCAGACCAAAGGCAUCAAGUUCGAAGUGGCGCACAAAGGGGGCUUGUUCAAGAYGGACCGCGUGGUCGGCACGGCCCAGCUGAAGCUGGAGGCGCUGGAGGCAGCCUGUGAGGUGCGGGACAUCGUGGAGCUGCUGGACGGCCGCCGGCCCACGGGGGGGAAGCUGGAGGUGAUCGUCCGGAUCCGGGAGCCGCUGAGCUCCCAGCAGCUGGAGACGAGGACGGAGCGCUGGCUCGUCAUCAGCCCCAGCACCGUGCCGCCGGUGGCUGUCCCCAAACCCAAGCCGGCUGUCGCUCCCGUCAAGGACRUGGGCAACAGCAAGCCGCUCCGCACGCUGCCCAGCCUCAACCUGCUGGCCUUCGACCGGGACAAGCUGGAGAAGAAGAUGCUCGUGUACCGGCAGGCGCGCCGGCCGCUGCCCAACGAGCUCCUGGAGCAGCACCAGGAGCUGCUCCAGCGGAGCCAGUGGCUGCGCGCGCAGCUCCAGCACGGCCCGCCGGCCUUCCGCAAAGAGUACCUGGCGCAGCUGGAGCGCUACCUGCAGCUCUACACGGAGAGCGCGCGGCGCCUGGGCACCGAGGGCAACCGGGACGCGGCCAAGGAGGCUCUUUACAAGAGGAAUUUGGUGGAGAGCGAGCUGCAGAAAUUCCGCCGAUGAGUCGUGCUGGCUCCGACCCCCUUCCCGGCCGGAGCGGAGCCGGCCCCGCUGCGACAAUCAGCCCGCGGGAGCCUC